AUUUUUGCUAAGAAACUUAUAGGGAGGUGGAGUAUUCCUUUAUUGAGUAUAUUAUUAUAUUGUGAAAUUAGUUAUGUCAGCUGAAGCACAGUCCCCAGUAUUAAACACAUUGAAACAGAGUAAUGACACUUCAGACAAGGCCGUGCAAAGAAAGAAUGCAACGGGGCGCUGCUCUUAUUUCAAAUGUUUUCAUUCAAAACGGGGGGGGGGGGGAAAGAGCUUCCGUCGCCUUGUGACGUCACGCCAUCGUUUGCCUUUGUCGGGGUCGCCUUGUGUCGUCAUAUCCGCUCAACGAAGUUGCCGUUUACGAGUCCAAAGCAGCGUGCUGCGAAAAGUCAGCCUACGCGACGAGGAAACAUGGCGGACUUGAACCGGCAGCUCCAGGAGUACCUGGCGCAGUCCAAGAGCGCUUCUGCGGCGCCUCCGCAGUCCGGCUCCAGCACGGCUUUGGACAUUGGGGAAGCGCCGUCGCCUGAGGGGAGCUGGUUCGGCCGCUGGUCUGCCGGCUGGUCCCGUCCUGCCGCCCCCAGCUCCUCUUGGUUCGGCAGCUGGGAGCCCGACCCGCUGCUGCCCGGCCUCGGCCGCUCCCAGCGCCUGGCGGCCUUCGGGCUGCUGGCCGGCCUCUCGGCUCUGUGCUUCGGCCUGGCGGCCCUGUACGCCCCGCUGCUGCUCCUCAAGGCCCGCAAGUUCGCGCUGCUCUGGUCGCUGGGUUCAGUGUUCGCGCUGUUGAGCGCCGCCGUCCUGCGCGGUCCGAGCCGCCUGCUGGGGGCUCCCAGUCCCGGGGCGGCGCUCUACCUGCUCGCCCUGGCAGGGACGCUGUACGCCGCGCUCGGGCUUCGCAGCACGCCGCUCACGGCGCUCGGGGCCGCGCUUCAGAUCGCCGCCAUCCUGGGCUCCGCGGUGGCGCUGCUGCCCGGAGGGACCAGCGGACUGCGGCUCCUGGGCGGCGUGGCGGCGGCGGCUCUCAGAAGGACCAUAUCCGGUAGAACCCUGCCCAUCUGAGCCGCGGGUGAACCGAGAUAGUAGCGACCGGGGCCACGAGGCUCCUUCACUGUGCGACCGCUGGGUCGGCGGGGGACUGAGCGGGCGACGCUGCUGCUGCUGCUGGUGGUAGCGAUGAUGAUCGAUCUCCACUGUCGCUCCUCUGUUAAUA